GGUUAAGUAAGUCACCAUGGUAACAUAGGCUCUGAACCAAACCUGGUAGGGGGUAGGUUUUAUGCCGGUUUUGUUCAGAUAACCCAGUUAUGUUCGGGUAUUUAAGCGCAAGUUCAGGAGGGCUGCUGCGUAACUUGUUACACAAUGGCGUUUCCCUUUGACGAAGGUCGCAUUAUUGAUAGAGAAGCCCAAAUUGUUCGUGCAAUUCACCGUGAGAGGGUGAUAAGACCACGGUAUGACAUCUUAUCUUUCCCCGAUGAGCAUUUGCGGGAGCGCUACCGUUUUUCAGCCGAAUCCCUGCUGUAUUUAAAUAACCUUCUCCAUCCAUAUAUUGAAAAUGUUACACAUCGUGGGUCUGCCCUCUCGUCGCUGCAAACAAUGUGCAUUGCUCUUCGGUUUUUUGCGUCUGGGAGUUUCCUCUACAGUGUCGGAGACGCUGAACACAUAGGAAAAGCAACUGCCUGCAGGUCGGUGCGUAAAGUGUGCCUUGCGCUAAAACGCUUCAUGCACCGUUUUAUUCGUUUUCCUGGCCACAAACCAACGAGGGUCAUUAAGACGGAGUUCCACCAACUGGCAGGCUUUCCAAACAUCAUUGGAUGCAUCGAUGGGACGCAUGUGCCAAUCAAAGCACCAUCACAAAAUGAGGCUGACUUUGUCAAUAGAAAAGGUUUCCACAGUAUCAAUGUGCAAAUGAUAUGCGAUGCUGGAAAUCUCAUAUCCAACGUGGAGGCGAGAUGGCCAGGCUCUGUGCAUGAUGCCAGGAUGUACAGAGAAUCAAAUCUGAGCACCAAAUUUCUACAGAGAGAAUUUGAUGGCUAUCUCCUUGGGGAUAGAGGAUAUCCGUGCCUCCCCACGCUGAUUACCCCGUACCCCGAUCCGGAUGUUGGAGCGCAAACGCAGUUCAACGUGGCUCACAGCAGAACCCGGGUCAAAAUAGAGAUGACCUUCGGGAUUCUCAAAGAACGGUUCCAGUGCUUGCGCAGGCUGAGGGUCUGCCCAGACAGGGCAUGUGAUAUAAUUGUCGCAUGUGCCAUAUUGCACAAUUUUGCCACAUUGCGCAAUGAAUUCACUCCAGUCGUCGAGGAGCCGGUACCGGAGGAACCACUUCAGCAGCAGGCUGACAUGGCGGAUGGUCAUAGAGUUCGAGACCAAAUAUGUUUAAAUCAUUUCAGUUAAACACAGU